AUGGCUCUUCUUAGUGUCCCGAUAUUGGCGGCAGCUCUUCUCGCGGCCGUGGUUAUUCACAACUUGCUUCGAGUAUACACUUCGCCUUUGUCAAAGAUCCCAAAUGCGGGCUUUGGCGCUGCUUACUCCAGGCUUGCUUGGGCCUUUCCCCAGGAGUACAAAGGAACGGCGACAAUUGACCUCCCCAAACUUCAUGAGAAGCUAGGACCGCUUGUUCGAAUUGGGCCCAAUGAAGUAUCCUUCUACUCUCGCGAAACAUACGAGACCGUGCAUAAGGUUGGAAGCAAGUUUAGAAAGGACCCAAGGGUGUACGGCGAGUUCGUUCAAGGUGGUCAUCCUGCUCUCUUCUCUAUAACAGACCCGGAACAGCAUGCCAAACGGAGAAGAAUCAUGGGCCAGCUGUUCAGCCGGACCAAGGUGCCGCAGCUGGAGAAGCUCAUCUCGUCUCACGUCAGUCGCUUCGUGCAGUUGAUCCGAGAUAAUGGUCCGAAUGUUGACUUGGCUGUGGCAUCCCGUGCACUUGAGGCGGAUAUCAUGUCUACCUUUUCAUUCGGCAAGUCAAUUGAGGCUAUUGACUCUUGGGCGAGCGGCAAAGAGCUAGAGAUGGUCGCCAAAAACGACUUAAAGGCCACCUGGAUGCCAGUCCUUACUAACUUUCCCCUUCUGUGCGAACUGUUGGAACAACUUGAGGACGUGAUUUUCCGUGUCACUGGCGUCAGGAGUGCGUACACGAAAGGACUCGCAGAAUUCCAGCAGUGGUGCCGGAAUUCAUGGAAGUCGGCUCUUUCAGAAGACUCUGAACUUGACGAACCUACCACUACGUCUCCCAACCUGAUCAAGUCCCUCUGCAACUCUGGUCUACACGCUGAAACUGCCCUGUCUGAAGCCAAAGAGAAUCUGGGACCGGGGACUGACACGACAUCUGCGACGCUUGCUCACAUUCUGUGGGCUCUGGCCCAAAACCCCGACUAUCAGAAGGCUUUAUAUGAGGACUUGGCGGCCGUCUCCUUUUCGACUGAUAUGACGACUUUGGAAAGCGUGCAUCGUCUUCAGGCCUGCGUGAAAGAGGGUAUCCGGUGGGCUGGCGCGGCAGCGGCGAUGCUUCCGAGAAUCGUGCCGCCAGGGGGCAUUGAGCUGCAUGGAAAGUUUAUCCCUGAAGGGACGGUCCUCACCUCAUCUCCUAUCUGGUACCAGCAUGACAAGACGGCGUUUCCCAACCCACAGGUGUAUAACCCCUAUAGAUGGUUGACAGAUGACUGCCGAGGGAUGAGUGAGGAUAAACUUCGCGAUCGGUUCUAUAUCCCUUUCUCCAGAGGCGCGAAUAUUUGCAUGGGAGCACAUUUUGCAUACCUGGAGUUGUACAUCUCUGUAUCUCAAGUCAUCCGCAACUUUCAUCUUGAGAUUUGCAACUCUGCUCAAUGUUCAACGCUGGGGAAGGAUGAAGAAACCAAUUGGACACCAGUUCUUUUACCGAAGCGGCGGGAAUGGGUCGCUGCUGUUCCGACGGAGAAGCUUGAGGUCAAGAUGUUUCCGAGGCUGUGA